UAAUUAAUUGUUUGAUCAGGAAAAGUGGCUAUCUACGUACGUUUUCCGAUUGAUUGUGACUCUUUUGAUUAAAAGAAAAUGAACAUACGAAAAAAGAAUAUCUUUUUAACUCGCAGUUUUUUACUGAACUGACGGAGAGAGGGAGAGAUGGCGGUCGUGGGUUCAGUUAACGGUGGUUCUCUCCACUCCAAAUUCCAAACCCUACCGCCGGCCAAAAUAUUCAACAGCCAAAAAAGAUCAACACUCCAUCGCCGGCCACCAAGUCCCCCAAUUUUCAUAUCCACGAAUCUCUCAGACGUAAACCCAAUUCACUUGCAAGACCUUUAUAGCUCCUGCAACCACUCCUGCCACCGUUUCCCUAACAUCUCCCCCGACGGACGUGUGGAGCCAGUCGACGUCGACAAACUCCGCAUCGCUCUCUCUCAUAGCUCUGUCGUUGUUUCCGUCUUCGCUAGACCAGAAACUGUCACCUCGUUACCGGAAAAUUUGAAUACUGGGGGUGAUUGGUACCGAAGAAUGAUUCCAUUGACACCAUUUAGCGGGAAAUUGGUGGGAUUCGGCCGAGCUGUUUCUGAUAAUGGAUUGACUGCUUCAAUUUACGAUGUCAUGGUACAAACCCUAAAUAAAUUGGUCGCUUAUUCAUCCACUUUUCAGCAUAAAGUAAUCCCUUCGUUACAAGGUCGAGGAAUCGGGCGUAUGAUUCUUCAAAGGAUUAUAAGAUUGCUUACAAAUAAAGGCAUAUAUGACAUAGCAGCUCUAUGUUCUGAUCAAGAAAUGGGUUUCUUCAAGGCAUGUGGAUUUGGAGAUGAUAUACUCGGAUCAACAACAAUGAUGUACACCAGGAGUGGCAAUCAUAUCAUGGUUAAAAGUGCUGAGCUUCGGAAGAUAUUGAGUCGAGAUAUAAGGAACUGAAGCGUUACAUGAACUUAGAGACGUUUUCACGGUGGAGUUUCGUUCGGUUAUCACAUAUGGGUACCCUCGACACAAUAGCGAUGGGAUCGGAUUUGAAAAAGAAGGGUUAUCUCCUCUAUGGACCAUCCGGUACCGGAAAGUCCAUUUUGAUCACCCAUAUGGCUAAAUUUCUGUAUUAUGAUGUUUACGAUGUCAACCUUUGAAAUGUAGUAAAUCCUCAUAAACUUACAAAAAUCAAGGUUGGAAA